AUGAAUGUUCUCGUCUGGAACGUCCGGGGCAUUUCGAACGAAUCCAAGCGAGUUUUAACGGAGCAUUGUCGUACUUUUGCUCCGGUGAUUGUUGGGAUUAUUGAGCCCAAGUCGGAUUUUCAUAAAACCAGCACACGGUUUUGGAGAAGUCUUAAUCUUGUGCCUUGUUUUCAAAAUUCUCGUGUUAACAUGCGAUCUAACAUUUGGGUUUUUUCGCAUCCUUCCAUGGUUACAUAUAUCAUUUUUUCCUCUGGCCAGGUGAUUAUCAUGAACUGCAUUUGGUCCAGCCAUAGCUUCAAAGUGGCGGUUGUCCAUGGCGAUAAUGACUACACAAACAGACGUCAGUUAUGGAUCGAUCUUCUUACUCACUUGACGGGUAAUGCCAUCAUGAUGGGUGAUUUUAAUGCGGUCAAGGGAGCUCAUGAAAGAAGUAGUGACUGCCUCCCUAACGCUACUGCUUGUACGGAGUUUUCUGAUUUCAUUGAUGCUAGUGGCUUCAUCGAGGCGCCUUCGAUUGGCCUUCGUUUUACGUGGUCUGGCCGUCGUUUUAUGCCAAGUCAUGUGGAAUCCAUUUUGGACAGGGCUCUUUUUUCUGAGGAUUUUGCGGCGCUUUGGCAGAACAUUUAUUCCCAGAUCCUUCCUAGAAAUACGUCGGAUCAUUCCCCGUUGAUUCUUCAUUGUAGCAUUGACGCUCCGAGGAGGAAUAAAUUUUUUAGAUUUCUGGAUAUGUGGACUCUUCACCCCGACUUCUUGCAAACUGUCGAAAACUCUUGGGAGUUAGAGAUGGAUAUUGCUUGUCCAAUUUACAAAGUCAUGGCGAAACUCAAAAGAUUGAGGCAGGAGCUCAGGAACUGGAACAAAAGCACCUUUGGUAAUGUAGACACCAUGCUUAUGAACACGCAGCAGGAGCUUUUAGAUAUACAAAUGCAGAUUGCCUCGGAUGGCUAUACGGAGUAUCUUUUUGAUAAGGAGGUUGCUGCGCAAGCAAGGAUUAAUACCGCCCUUUGCCGUAAAAACUCUCUUCUACAGCAGAAGAGUCGUAUUUCGUGGCUGAAGGAUGGGGAUAGGAAUACUAAUUUCUUCCAUGCCAUGCUUAAGUACAGGAAAAAGCCUCACAUUAUUUCUCACCUCGAAGUUAAUGGUGAACAGGUGUUUGAUCAAACUCAGAUUGGCAAUCAUAUUGUCGAUUAUUUCUCUACCCUGUUCAAUGCUGAUCAUCAUGGUCUGGAAGACAUUGUGGCGGUUGAAGCGGUCAUCGACAACUCUGUUUCCGACCUUCAAAACAAUCUUUUGGUUCGCUUGCCGGAUGAAGAGAAAAUCACUGCGGCGGUCUUUGCUAUGGAUUCGAAUAGUUCUCCGGGCCCUGACGGAUUUUCUGGAAAAUUUUACCAAAGUUGCUGGCAAAUUAUCAAGAGUGAUAUUUGGGAGGCGGUCCAGACUUUCUUUCGGCAUAGUUAUUUGCCCCAAGGUUGUAACUCGAAUACUCUUGUUCUGAUCCCGAAGAAGGAUGUGGUGUGUUCGGUUGCAGAUCUCAGGCCUAUUGUUUUAUCCAACUUCCUCUUCAAGAUUGUCUCCAAGCUUCAUGGCUACUUCGCCUGCUCUCGUGGUGUUCGGCAAGGGGAUCCCCUCUCGCCUAUUUUAUUCGGCAUUGCGGAAGACGUGUUGAGUACUCUUUUCAGCAAUUGUGUGAAUUCUGGCCAUUUGGUGCCGAUGUCUUGGAGCAGAAGGAAGAGUUUCACCACUCACCUUCUUUAUGCUGACGAUAUUCUGGUCUUUUGCAAGGCUACCAUUAACAAUGCUCACACUCUUUGGAAAAUUUUGGAUUUUUAUGGCUCUGUUUCGGGUCAGAUUGUGAGUCAAGAAAAAUCUCAUAUUUUCUUUACGGACAAGGUCCCGUCUUCUACUAAGAGGUCGAUUGAGGGCAUCCUCAGGUUUGAGCCUGGUAGAUUUCCCUUCAAUUAUCUUGGUGUUCCCAUUUUUCAGGGGCGGGCGCGGGCUUCUCAUCUCCGUGCCAUACAUGAUAAAAUUCUGAAUAAGUUUGCACGUUGGAAGGGGCUUCAUCUCUCAAUGGCGGGUAGGCUAUGCUUGAUUCAAUCGGUUAUUCAGAGCUCACUCACACACUCUAUGAUGAUAUACAAGUGGCCUCAUUCCCUGCUCGAUGAUCUUGAUACCUGUUGUCGCAAUUUCCUUUGGACAGGAAACAUUAAAAAAACGGCCUCUUGUCCGGUUAGCUGGGCCCGGGUUUGUGCUCCGAAGCAUGAAGGUGGCCUCGGUCUUCGUUCCUUCAAGUUGCUUAAUAAGUGUUUUUUGAUGAAAAGGGCGUGGAAGUUAAUUCAGGGGCGGGAUUUUGGCUUCGACAUUAUUCGGGAUCGCUAUCUUGAUCGCUUUUGUGGUAAAAAAGAGUGGAUUGCUCCUUCUUCGAUCUGGUUGGGUUUAAAAGGGGAAAUUGACGACCUCGUUGGUAAUACUUACACCCAUAUAGGGGAUGGCUUGACUACAUCUUUCUGGCAUGACGAAUGGCUCGGCUACAGCCUUGCUAGCAGAUGUAAUAUUCCUCCGUUUAUGGCCCCGUUUUGUCAACAGUCGGUGGCGGACUAUUUCCAUAAUGGCGUGUGGCACUUUACGCAGGCCUUUAUUAACAAUUUUCCAGAAGUGGUUUGUGACAUUUUGUUGCUUCCUUUGGGGGAGGAGAAAGAUGUACGUUUCUGGAAGCCUUCUUUGCAUGGAAACGUCACGGCGGCUCUGGCCUUUAAGAAUCAUUGCAGCCGUUUUCCCAGCGUCUCUUGGGGGACUUGGCUUUGGGAAAAUUUCAUCCCGGUUAGAAGGUCGUUGGUUUGUUGGAGAGUGUUACACAACCGUAUGCCUACCUGCGAUCGUCUUAUUCGGCAGGGCAUGAGUACGCCUAAUUUUUGUCCGAUCUAUUAUGAAGCGGCUGAAACUCUUGAUCACCUUUUCUGGAGCUAUAACCGGGUAAGAGAUGUCUGGAUUUCGUUUUUGGAUUGGUUCCAUUAUCAACAAGGGUUGGAUGCGAUUGGUAUUCACAAUUUUUUGGCUGAAGCUUGGAAUUAUAAGCUUAGCUCCCUUACUACAAGCUUCUGGAAAGCUGGGAUCAUCACGCUCUUGUGGGCGGUUUGGAUGCAACGGAACAGAUGUAUUCAUGAUAAUCAGCGUUUUGAAGCUUCCCGUAUUCUUCACACGAUUAAGGUGGCUUUUAAUGACAUGGAUAAUAAUUUUCAGAAGCUUGGCCAUAUGGAUAACAACUGGAAAGACUACCUCAUUCUUCGACAUAUUGGCGUUAGAUCGAGGCCUUCUCCUCCCCCGGAUUUUGUAAAUAUUUACUGGUCGACGCCUUCCCCGCCUUGGAUUAAAGUAAAUACUGACGGAUCGGCGGCUGGAGCGCCGGGUCUCAUUGCUGCGGGGGGUGUCUUCCAUGACAAUUGGAAUGUGGUUCGUGGGUUCUUUCACUAUAAGGGUGGAGUUGGGUUCGCUUUUGAAGCUGAACUCCUGGCAAUCAUUAGUGCAAUUCAAAUCGCCCAUGCUCGUGGCUGGCUUGAUCUGUGGAUCGAGGUUGACUCCAUUUAUGUGGUUAACCUGCUGCAGAAACGCUCGUCUGAUGUUCCUUGGAGGUUUGCAGCGGCAUGGAAAUCUAUCCUCAAGUGUUUGUCAUCUUUCAGGCUUAAGGUGACGCACAUUUUUCGUGAAGGGAAUGCGGCUGCUGAUAUUAUGGCAAAUCAACACCGUGUGGAGGGGUGGUGGCCACAUGAAAUUGAUGAGAUUUCUAUUGCGGUGCGUAAAGAUAUGGCUUCCCAUAACCAUGUUCGUAUUGUGAGGUAA